AUAAAAUACUUCGCAAUUAAUUUAUUUAAAAGUUAUUUUACUAGCUGUAAAUGCUUAAAAUGUCUGAAUUAAUAAACUUAGUAAGUGAUUUCUUCUUGAUUUUGUCAGAUCUGCUCCUCCUCCCACUGCAAUUCACCAAUAAAUGCUGGAAUAUUCCCAUCAGUCUACAAGUGAAGACGAGCAUCAAACCAUCAGGAAGAGCUGAAAUCUGCAAAGACAGAGUUUAUUGAAGGACAGUGAGAAGAUGAGAGAUCCAGAACACUGCAGAAUGAAACACACUGAAGAACAAAGAGACUUGAUUAAAGAAAAUGAGGAGAAUGAAGUGCUUUGUGAAGAGGAGGGGAAUCAUCAUGUCAAAACUGCAGGAGAAACUUUAAUUCGCUCUCAAACUGAAAAAGUUUCAAAGGAAAGAAGAUCCCAGAAAUCUUUCACCUGCGCUGGAAAGAGUUUGACAUGCAAAUAUAAUCUUGAUGUUCACAUGAGAGUUCAUUCUGGAGAGAAACCGUUCACAUGUGAUCAGUGUGGCAAAACUUUUCCGAGGGCUUCAGGCCUGAAGAGCCACCUGAAAGUUCAUUCACAGGAGAAACCCCAUUCAUGUUCUUUGUGUGGAAAGAGUUUUUCACAUCUGCAAAGUUUAAAAGAUCAUCAGAAAAUACAUACUGGUGUAAGAGAUCAUAUGUGCUUUGAGUGUGACAAGACUUUUAUUAGAGCUAAAGAACUGAAACGGCACCAGAGAAUUCACACUGGAGAGAAACCUUACAAAGUGUUCACACUGCGGCAAGAGAUUCAAUGAUUCAGGAAAGCUGAAAAACCAUGAGAGGAUCCACACUGAAGAGAAACCUUACAAGUGUUCGCACUGCGACAAGAGAUUCAGUCAGUCAGCACAUUUGAAGAAACAUGAGAUGAUUCACACUGGAGGGAAACGUAUGUGGCAGCCAUUGAAAAUGUGGGUUUCAUUACUAUUUUUUGCAUUUUGUGUUUUAUCUGUUCACGUCACAUUGUGAGAAAUAAUACUAUUAUCAGUGCUAGAAUAAGACCCCCAAAAUUAACUAGUUCUAGAAACAUAAAACUAAUUAUUUAUUUAUUUGUUUGUUUGUUUGUCAAAUAGACAAAUGUUAGUUGUUCACCUGGCAUCUCGGCUUUGUUGACUGGAGCAAUAAAGUUUUGAUCUU